UAGUAGUCGCCGCGGUCGUCAUCGCUAAGAUCGCCGGGCCUUUUAAACGGAUCGCGACGAUCCCACUUGACUUAUGUUCAGCCUCCGCUGAAAUGCAGACUCGGUUGUCUGCUGCUACCUUAUAUACUCCGAUUCUAGUCACUAAGCUGAGCGAGCCUCUCUCUGAUCACCUUGAUCCGCGCGUAUGAUUUCCAUAUAAGGUGAUCGGCCGCGGUCAAACUCCAGAUUAAUCAAAACAUAUAUAGGCGCAUAUACACUUGCGUCGCUCUUGCAACAGUGCGCACACAUACGCACUUAUAGCUUAUAGCUUACCUGGAAGUGCAAUUGUAGAGCAGAAAACAACAAUUAUUAUGCUUGUUAAGCGGCCUUCGAGGAGUAAACCCUGGUUAAAGUUUAUGAAGUAUUUAGUUGUCACCGAAGUCGUCGUGUGCGCCAACUGCUACCUGGUCUGGAGGCAAUUGAAUCACUCUCAGGAUUUCAGAUACUACUUUCACCAGAAGUUUCCACGCAUCCUUAACUUUUUCUACUCUGUUGGUGAGCUCCAAAAUAAAAACUACAAAGUACGUGAACUGGAUGAAGCUGCUUGGACACAAAAAAAUCUGUGGUGAAUGCAGCAUUGCUUUACAAAAUAGCAUUUAUUAGCUACAAUCUGUAUGUAGAGCUUUGAUCGUUUUCAUCAGCUUACAAAAGUGGAGUCCAAAACUAUGAUGAAAUUUGAAACACACAUCUGUGAACCUCAAAGAUAACAAUUUUUGAAGCUUUUUUAAAUAGUUUAGAUACAAUGGAAGCCAGCACAUUGAACGAAGAAACCUUGUCUGAGCGUAUAAACAAAAGAGACAGGGAGCGAAGAAACGUGAUUGAAAAACGCAAAGAAGAAAAGCAGCAACUCAUUGUAGAAACUGAACAAGCAAGCUAUUUCCAGCAAGCUUUUUACUCAACAUGUGAAAGGAUAAAAGAUCUGUUAGACAAUAUAGACACCAUGCCAGCUUCUGCUUUACCUGGAGUUUUUGAUCAAGUUAACAAAGAUAUAAUAAUGUUGAAAAAUUACUUAUUUGAGUCAAAAAUCUUUUUAAAAGUUUAUGACAUUAGAAAAGCUCAAGAAAGACUUCAAAUUUUAGAAAAUGACGCAGCCCAAAUUGAAGCAAGACUAAUACCUAGAAAAAAAUUUGGAUUCAAAAACCGUAGAGUCGUAAAAAAUUCGUCCGAAAAGCCUAGUGAUGUUACAGAUAGUUUAAAAAAUUUGAAAAUCACAGAAAGUAUUACUAAAAAUGGCGUAAAUACACAAAAGAACAAUAAGACAAUUUAUGAUGAUUAUGGUGAUAAUGGGUGUGUGCUUCUGAACAAAGUGGAUGAAACAUUAGUGUUGGAUGCUGAAAAUGUUAAUAAAAAUGAUGUGUUAUUAUCAGAAUUAACAAGGUGUACAGUUAGGAUAUAUGGCACACCCAAUACUCUUCAUAUUGUUGGUCUUGUGCAAUGCACAGUGCUGAUUGGACCCGUAACAACAUCACUUUUUGUGGAUGACUGUCGUGAUUGUAACUUUGCUUUUGCAUGUCAACAGUUGAGAUUGCAUAAUUCAAAAAAUUGUAAUAUAUAUCUGCAUGUUACAAGCAGAGCUAUCAUAGAGGAUUGUACAGAUAUAAAAGUAGCCCCUUAUAAUUGGACAUACGAAGAUCAAAUAAGUCAUUACAAAUUAGCUGGUUUGGAUCCAAAUAUAAACAAUUGGGAUUCUAUUGAUGAUUUCAACUGGCUAUCGAAAGAAAAAAGUUCUCCCAAUUGGUCUAUUCUUGAAUCAGAUUUAAGAGUCAAAUCAUGGGAUUGAUAUACAAAGGUUGUACAAUACAAAUACCACAAAUUUUAUAACACUUCUUUAGUGCAAGAGAAAGACUGGAGACAUCAAAUCAAUUUAUUCUGAUAAGGGGAGAGAGCUGAUUGUGCAUAUAAUUCCUUUUUACACAGUUAAAUAAUAUUGCAUACAUGUUUAUUACUUAUAAAUAAAAGUUUAUGCUAUUAAAAUG